AUGCCGGGAAAGAGGUCUUCGAGCAAAGAUGUUAUUGAGGGAAUAUGGGAGGGACUACCAUACGGUCUUGAUAGACCAAGAAGGGACGGGACAGCUCUUAAGGCUGGGAGCGCUAGGAGUACCAUGGUGGUGAAAGGCCAAUACUCGUCCCGUGCGGUCACAACUCUUUCACCGACCAAAAUGUUUCGUUUUACUCGCCCUCUGUAUCAGGUCACAAAGACCACAACACGAAUCACAGGCCUUGCUGUGCACCCCCACCCACUCUCAGCGUUGGCUCAAGUCUACGAGUCCACCUUGACUGCCCUCAACAACAUACCGACAACGUCCGUUUACCGCCAGGGGGUCGAGGCGUUGACGCUUCGGAAACUCAGUAUCGUGAAAACAGCCAACGGAGACAUCACCGCUGUAGAGAAGCAGUUGGAAGAGGGUCAGAUUGAAGAAUCCCUGCAUAUCGCAGAAGACGAGCUGAGUCUCGUUGGAAAGAUGGCGGAAUGGAAACCUUGGGAACCUCUAGAAGAGAAACCAGAACCUGGGCAGUGGGAAUACUUUGGAACGUCGACCACAUAA